GCGGAGCCUGCGGGCCGGGCGCGCCGGGCGGGCCGAGGCGCGGGCGCUCCGCGGGGCACCGGGUCGCGCGCGGCCAGUGGCGGAGGCGCCGCCGAGCUCUCACUGCAGCUGGAAGCACCAUGGCCGCCAACAGGACCCCCCCUAAGUCCCCUGGGGAGCCCGCCAAGGACAGGGCAGCCAAGAGGCUGUCGCUGGAAUCGGAGGGUGCUGGCGAGGGGGCAGCUGCUGCGGAGCUGAGCGCCCUGGAGGAGGCUUUCCGGAAGUUCGCGGUGCACGGAGACACCAGGGCCAGUGGCCGGGAGAUGCAUGGGAAGAACUGGUCCAAACUGUGCCGCGACUGCCAGGUCAUCGACGGCAAGAACGUCACCGUCACCGACGUGGACAUCGUCUUCAGCAAGAUCAAGGGCAAAGGCUGCCGAACCAUCACCUUUGAGCAGUUCAAGGAGGCGCUGGAGGAGCUCUCCAAGAAGAGAUUCAAAGACAAGAGCGGCGAGGAUGCCGUGCGCGAGGUGCACAGGCUGGUGGAGGGCAAGUCCCCCAUCAUCUCGGGCGUGACGAAAGCUGUCUCCUCACCCACCGUGUCAAGGCUCACAGACACCUCCAGGUUCACCGGGUCCCACAAGGAACGCUUCGACCCGUCGGGCAGGGGCAAGGGCAAGGCGGGCCGUGUGGACCUGGUGGACGAUUCGGGCUAUGUGCCGGGCUACAAGCACGCGGGCACCUACGACCAGAAGGUGCAGGGGGGCAAGUAGCCACGGGGCCCUCAGGCCGGGUCCUGCCCUCACACUUCUACAUUCCUGCACUCACCUGGGCUGACUCGGACCUCAGGGACCUCAGGGACAGGGCAGGGGGCUGGAAGGGGUCCGGGCCUCUCCCCACCCUGGAGCCCCACCACACUUCUCUCCGACCCCAGGUGUGCCCCCAGCCCCCCUCACCUCUCUAACAUGCCCACUGCCUCCCAGUCCGGAAGUGGCGGGGGCGGGGCUCCGGCCCCACCCCAGCCCGCCUGGCUCACGUUGAGAUGGGGACCACAGGCAGGGGACAGCGCCCGAGCUCAGAGUCACUGUUGUAUUAACACACUAACAAGGCAUCAGUGCACCAGGGCAGCCCCAAGCCCAGCACAGCAUCUGCCCCGUGUGGGCAAGGGGCAGCGAGCACAGGGACUCACACACGCUCCCACGUACACACACGUACUCACACACACGGGCUCACAAUGCUCCUCAGCUCAUACAUAUGGCUCAUAGACACAGACACACACAUGACACGCACAGACCCACACUCAUGAGCACACGUGGACAUGCAUAGACCCACACCCAUGAACACACACUCAUGGACACGCACAGACCCAUGCCCAUGAACACACACGUGGACAUGCACAGACCCACACCCAUGAGCACACACAUUGACAUACAUAGACCCACACCAUGAACACACACGGACACGCACAAACCCAUGCCCAUGAACACACACGUGGACACGCACAGACCCACACCCAUGAGCACACACGUCGGCAUACAUAGACCCACACCAUGAACACACACGGACACGCACAAACCCAUGCCUGUGAAGAACACACGGACACACACAGACCCACACCCAUGAACACACUCACGGACACACACACAGACCCACUCCCAUGAACACACACAAGUACACGCACAGACCCAUGCCUGUGAACACACAUUCAUGGAUACGCAAUGACCCAAGCCUGCCAACACACUCAUGGACACACAUAGACCCAUGCCUGUAAAUACACACAUGGACACACACAGACCCACUUCCAUGAACACACACAGACAUGCACAGAACUCACACCCACGAACACACUUAUGGACAUGCACAGACUCACACCCACGAACACACACAUGAGCAUGCACAGAUCCACACCCAUGAACACACACACUCAUGGACAUGCACUGACCCAUGCCCCCGAACACACACACAGAUGGACAAGCACAGACCCAUGCCCAUGAACAAAGAUACGUGCACAGCGUUCACGUGCACAUGUUUAUGCACACACCUACUCUUGUGUGCAUCUGUUCACACAUGUUCAUGGCCCCACUGGGCCUAUCUGUUGAGAAAGGGAGGCUGCAGCCACGCAGGAGAGUGACCAGCAGAGUGAGGUCAGAAGGCAUGAGGAAAGGGUGUGAAGGAGAGCCAGCCUGUGGAUUUUCUAAGCGGAAGCCAGAAACAAUGUGUGCAUGUCCCCAGGAUGUGCCUCUGCUGUCCCUGCAGGGCCCCUGCCCGGGCUUCCUGGAGGGGGCGUCCCAGCACAAACGGGGAGACCCCGAGAGAGCAUGCCCUGCCUCGGGGGCCUCACCCAGCAGCCCACCGGCCAUCAGUGCUGGCACCAGCCUUGCUGAGCCCUAGAGAUGGACAUGAUCAGGACUCACUGCUCUCUCCGGACAAAGCUGCCUGUCCAGGUGCUCUCAGUGGGAAUGGAGACCCGAGCGCCGACCCUCCCUGGGUUGACUGCUGGCACAUGCCAGAAGCCAGGCUGUGGGCCUCACCCUGACCCCAUCCCUGCCUACCCCCAGGUCCCCGUGGGUCAGGCUGCCCUCGUCCAUCCCCAACACCUGGCUCUGCCCCUCACAGUCAGUGGGUAACUGGAUGCCAUGGUGGCCUCACUGCCCUGCACAGAGCAUGUGCUUGUCCCCCCCCCACCCCCGGCUGCCUUGGCCCAGGGCACACCACAGCAUGCUGUGCCCACUCGCUUUUGCCUACCUGGACCACACCCUAGUCAUCUACUGUAACCCAGCAAACUGCACAGCCAGCCCCGAGGCCUAGCACCGAGGUGGGUGGGGGCAUUGGGCCCACGCCUGCUUCUUUCUACUCACUGCCAAAGGACGAGAACUGACUUCACCGCAGGCUGGAGCAGGGCUGGGUUACAGUUCCAGCCUGUGGGAGGUCAGGGACGGCCUGUGGACAUUCCCGGAUGGUGGCCACAGCUCGGGCGAGCCUCACACCCUCACGGACUCAUGCAGGCUCUGCGCUGGCUGGGGCCUCCCCUGCCGGCCAGUGUGUCCAGGGAGCACACCCCAGUGACUGCCGCUGACAGCCUUGAGUGGAGGCUCAUGGGCGCGCCCCAACCCAGAAGGUGCUGUGCACACUUUUAACCCUGAACGUCAAAGCAAGAUGAACGCAAAGGAGACCUGCACAGCUUAGGGGCCACUAGGCGCUCAGGGCCCGCUGUCAAGUGUUGUGGAAGGGACUGACGCUGCAGAUUGGGUGUUUUCCAACUGUGGGGCAGUGGGUGCAGCAGGGACCCCUACUGGGCUCAGAGCGUGCCUGAUGGACCCGCUAUCCUGCCCACAGCCUGGGCCAGUUCCCACCACCCUCACUGUUGUUGGGCCUGGUGCCGCCCUUAGUGAUCAGUUCCCAUCUGUAUCUGCCACUGCCAUGUCUCUUGGUCACUGUGUCACUGUGCCAUGAUAAUAAAGGUGUCAUCUGUG